AUGGCGGCAAUGACGCAGUCUGCACAGCAGCCUGUGGCCCCCGCACGCAGCCGGCGCCUGCCUUCGGCUCCGCUGUGGGGCACAUUGGAGUUCAAAGCGUACUACCUGGCGUACCUGAUCGUGGUGCCGAACAUGGCCUAUACAAUGUACCGGGCGUCGUCGCCGCACCGCCCCGAGUACAAGGACUACGAGCACGAGCUGUCGCCGGGCUGGAUGCUUGGACGCAUGGUGGACCUGUCGGAUGGCCAGUGGGCGGUGUUCCGCGGCAAUCUGCCUGCCUUUGCGCUGGCGAUGCUGGCGUUCGUAGUGCUGAACCGGCUGGUGCAAAAGACCGUGCUGCGAAAUGCAUGCCAGGCAGUGCGGCAGAGCCCGAUGGCCGUGCGCGGGGCACUGCCGAGCCUAUGGUUCCCGAGCAUAUUCGCCAUGGUCUUCGUGGUGGUCCUGUCGGGCGCCUCGGUGGUGUUUAUCCUGGCACUGGCAUUGGGCAAUUACCGGUGGGCGCCGGUGGUGUUCUGGAUGUACAACUUGGCUGUGCUGUUCAUGAACGAGCGCUAUGACGGGUACGAGUUUGGGAGGAUUUCGCCGGCAUUGGCGUGGCUGGACGGCCACCGCGGGAUUCUGCGGCGCUGGGACGUGACCUUCAACAUCACGAUGCUGCGCAUGAUGUCAUUUGCGCUGGACUACCACUGGCAGAGGCAGCAGGCCGAUGCGCCCGCCGUGCCAGCCACCGACAAGCAGCGCGUCGAGACGCCGUGCUUUGCCGAGGACUACUGCCUAAUCAACUACUGGGCGUAUCUGGCGUACCCGCCGCUCUAUCUGACCGGCCCGAUCAUCACCUUCAACGACUUUGUGUGGCAGAUGCGGUUCCCGGCGCCGUCGGUUACAGGCCGAGGCACGAUCACAUACGGCCUGCGGCUAGUUGCAUCGGUGCUGUUGAUGGAGCUGAUUCUGCACACGGUCUACGCCGUGGCGAUCAGCAAGCUGGGCCAGUGGGACACGUACUCGGCCUACGAGAUCAGCCUGUUCGGGUACAUGCGUCUGACGUUCAUCUGGCUGAAGCUGCUGGUGAUCUGGCGGUUUGCGCGCUUCUGGGCAAUGGCCGACGGCCUGGCGACCAUCGAGAAUAUGCGGCGGUGCAUGAGCAACAACUACUCGCUGCAGCAGUUCUGGCGCGACUGGCACUGCAGCUACAACAAAUGGCUGGUGCGCUACCUGUACAUUCCGCUAGGCGGCCGCCGCACCGCGCCCUGGAACACCUUUGUGGUCUUCACCUUUGUCGCGCUCUGGCACGACCUGACCAUGCGCCUGCUGCAGUGGGCGUGGCUGAUUGCCCUGCUGUUCCUGCCCGAGGCCCUGGCGACCUGGUACGGCCGGCGCUGGGCGAGGCGUCCGUACUUCCGCUUCCUGUGCUCGCUGGGCGGUGCCCUGAAUAUCAUCGCCAUGAUGGUUGCCAAUCUGGUCGGCUUUGGCGAUGCGGGCGUCGACAAGAUGCUUGACAAGAUCUUUAGCCGCUCCGGCGCCGCCUUCCUGGCCGGCACAUACUUCCUGCUCAACAUCCACCUGCAGGUCAUGUUUGAGUGGCGCGAGCACCAGUACCGCAAAGAGUUCGCCGAGGGCGAGUCCUGGGAGAUGCAUGUGCGCAGCAGCAGGCCUCCAGAGAGCCCCGGCGCACCUGUUCGCAGGUCCGAGUCGCCGCUCAGGCAGAGACCGGCGGCUGCAUCGCCCGAUCAACACCAGGAGUAA